UUUAUAUCGACACCCGCCAUGUUUGAUGAAAACGUAAACGGAAAAGAAAGCCGCUUCUUUGGUUUAGUCUAGCAAAAAAAUACGUCGGACGUAAAUAUCUACGUUUUUAACAGAAGUGAUGUGAGUCAGUUAAUGUUUUCCUUAUUAAUUUUUGUGUGCCACAUAUUAAAUAUAAUUUAAGACAUUAAACAUGGCUUUGCUCACUGAAAUUCCAAGAUCUUUUCGCCUUUAUGUGACCCAUGUGGAUGGAGAAGGCCAUUUUCUGAAAAUUAGUGGUCAGUUGGAGCAACCGUCUUCGCUAAUGAUAGAAAGCUUAUUCGAAUCUGCACGUGAAAACUUAGAAAAGGGAAUAGGAGCAGUUCCUCCGGCAGCUAUUCAUGAAGGGGUAGUUUGUGCUGCUAAAUAUAAAGAUGGUGCGUAUUAUAGAGCGAAGAUAAUAAACACAACUAAUCUUGCUACUGGCUUGGUUGGAGUACAUUUCAUUGAUUUUGGCAAUAAGGACAUAAUAUCUUUGAGUACCAUAAGAUUUUUAGACAACUAUGAUCCAAUGUUUCUCCAAUUACGUGGCCAAGCCACAGAUUAUUAUUUAGCUAGGAUUAUGCAUCCCUCUGGUAGAUGGGAUGAACCUUUACUACUAAAACUACAAAGUUUGCUUUGCUAUACUGAAUAUCCAGUAACAGUUGAAGCCCAAACAAGGACACUGCCUCUUAUAUCAAUACAAUUUAAAGGAAAUGACUUGUCUUCACAUCUUGUUGCAAAUAGAUUUGGUGUUGCACUUCCUAUUGUAAAGCAAGAAGUUCUCCUGCUGCAAAUGACUGGUGAUAGUCAGCAGACACCUAACUGGCCUCCAGCAUUUUCUAACGAGACACCUUACACAGAACAUGUACCAUUUUUAAUCAAUCAAAAUUUCCCAUCGAAUCCUGCUUCAGCUAUGCGCUUACAACAGAAUGUUUCAGUACCAUUUAAUGGGAGCAUUCCACCACCAUCUUUGAUUAGUCAAAGGUUAUUAACAAACAAAGUGUCGAGAAAUCCUAUAAAUCUAAAACCACCAGUUCGGCAACUUCAACAUGCUAAUCCAAAUUUACCAAAUUCAGUGCCUACUACACCCCCUUUGUCAGUGGGUAAUACUACUAAACUUUCUUCUCCUAAGAAGUCAACAACAUAUAAGAGCAGAUUGUUGGAGGUUAAUUCUCAACAUAAAGUGUUUGUGUCCUUUGCUGAAGAGGGUCCAGAACUAUUUGCUGUUCAGCUUGUGACAGAUGCAAAAAAAUUACAAGAAAUGAUGGAUGAUAUAAACAGGAGACCACAUAGCAGCCUUGCUGAGCCUCCAAUGAUAGGAACCGUUUGCCUUGGACGUAUGUCUGGAGAUCGAAUUAUUUGCAGAGCAAUUGUUAUGAAUUUAUCUGGUUCACAAUGUAAACUUUUCUUUGUGGACUUUGGUGAUACAGAAAUGGUUUCUUACUAUGAUAUUUUCGACAUCCCAGAGGAAUUUGUGAAACCCAAUGUUUUUGCAAUGAGAUUUUGCUUGUCUGGUGUCAAAAAGCUAGAGAAAGGCCCCAAUUUGAAUGAGACAUUCAAGCAACUUGUAAAUGGUAAAGUUUUAACACUUAAAGUAGUAUCUCCUGAAGGCCCUCCUCUGAUUCAGUAUGGUGAGCUAUAUUUGGACAAUAAAAAUGUAUUAGAUUUGCUAAUGGCUAAUUUGAAAGACAGAUUACAAUUUAAAUGGAUGGAAAUCUUACCCUUGGGAACUAAGCAGUCUGUCUUGGUGUCAUAUGUAGACAGUUGUAUUAAGUUUUAUAUUCAACUGUCCGACAAUAUUGAUGAGCUGAAUGCUGUUAUGGAUGCAGUGAAAGUUCACUGUGAAAAUACUUCAUCCCCUGGAGAAUUGCCUGUUGGGGCAGCCUGUUGCGCAAGAUUUCCUGAUGAUGACAAUUGGUAUAGAGCAAGAAUCAGGGAGACAAAAGGAAACAAAGUAAUUGUUGCAUAUGUAGAUUAUGGUAAUGAACAGGAAAUUGAUAUCUCAGAUCUAAGAACAAUAAGUCUAGACUUGAUAAGUCUUCCUGCUCAAGCGAUGAAGUGUGCACUUAAGGGCUUUGAAAAUAAACCUGUUGAAACAAAAACAUCAAACCAGUUGGAAAUGCUGGCCCUUGAGAAGACAUUGAUAGCUCACAUUGUGGGUGUACUGUCCAAUGACACUAUGCUGGUAUCACUUGUUGAUGACACUGUAAGCCCGCCUCUUGAUGUUGCCAGGAAAAUGAAUCAACUAUCACAACCCAGGAGCAAUCAUGAGGUAAAAGCAACGACACCUGUUCGCAAAGACGCACCAGAGAACUUCAGUUCGCCCGAAGGCUCUGUACCUGAUGACAGCAGGAAGAAAAGCUUCCGUCGCGAAAAAAGUUUCAAGGAUGACAGGCGCCCUCCGCGAGACAAUGAAGAGUUCGGCCAUAGAGGGGGCAGUUUUCGAAAUAGGGAUAAUGAAGGUUUCGACAGGUCUGGGCCGGGCAGGCACAGCGAUAAAUUCAGUGGGAGACCAGAAAGAGAUAGACGCGGUGGGCCAAAGCCAUGGGAAAAUAACAAUUCACCACCAGCGGCGCCCGUAUCUGCGCCGGACGACGAAUGGGACGAAGGUGCGACGCCUGCGCCCGCGCCUCCACCGACGUUUCAACCACGAUUCAACAACCGAGACAGGGACAACAAUAGAGAUAGGGACAAUAAUAGAGACAGGGACAACAAUAGAGAUAGAAGAAAACCUAGGUCAGACCAUCAAGAGAAGCAGGGACAAAGGCCCAGUUGGAAGAAAGACUCCACGGGGGUCGGCAAGAGGUUACGUCAAGCGGCAGAGGCCGCUUCUAUUGACACACAGAACCCUAGGCCUUCGGUCCAGGACAGGCUCAAACGGGACAAUAAAUAUAGUCAGGCUGAACAUUCGCAAGAUGACAGGGGCAAUAGAAACCGCGAAGGGCGACCGGACAGACGCGAUAACCGAAGCGACAAUCGGGGCGACAGCCGUGGCGAUAGACGAGAUAACUGGGGUGAAAGGCGGGACAAUUGGGGCGAGAAAAAGGAAUGGAACCAAAAGCGGGAGUUCAGAGAUAAUAGAUCGGAUCGCCCGCCCAGGAGUAACUUCACACCGAGAGAUCGAGCAGAACGCUCAGAUAAAUAUGGUUCAGACACUAGUGAUAAACGAUCAGAAAAGAGUUUCCGUUCACAAGACAGCGGUCGCGCCCCGCCUUAUAAAACUCGCAGCAAGUUCACUCAAGUCCAAUACAAGGAAUUGUCCAACCCGGUCUCGUUAGAUACCCCUUUCGCGGAACCCACGAUAGAAAUUGGCGCCCAACAUGAAGUAUCAGUCACUUGGAUCAUAUCACCGGAGAGCUUCUACACACAGAUCAUGGCGGAGCAGCCCAAAUUUCUUGAAAUGAUGCACAAAAUACCAGAGCUCUAUAAAGGAGUCAAAUCAUAUACUGGGACUGUGCCAGUGGGCGGUUCGGUCUUGGCCAGAUAUCCCGCCGAUGGAGUUUUGUAUAGAGCGACAAUAGUUUCCGUCCAACCUUUUUCGAAAUUCAUAGUGAGAUAUGUGGAUUUUGGAAACAAGCAAUUAGUCGAUGCUAAAGAUAUAUGGCAGUUAGAUUCUGAACUGAUGGAGAUUCCGAAAAUGGCAGUGCACUGUUCAUUGUUGGGUGUCGCCCCUAAAGAUGGUGAAUGGAAAGCGGAUCCAGAAAUCGACUUGUGUUUUAACGCACCGCGGUACCAGUGCGUGUUUCAAGAUAUCGUAGAAGAACAAUACAAGGUGUCUUUGUGGAACAAUGGUGCCAGCGUCGCUGAUAUGUUGGUGGAGAAGCAACUCGCCAUUAUGUCCGAACAACAAACGUCUGUAACUCUAAAAGACGAAGCAAUUGACCUGACGAUCAUAGUGGGUCAACAGAUACUAUGCCGCGUGACACACGUAGAGUCCAUAGAGAAGUUUUAUGUUCAACUGGAUCUGGAUAAAGCAACGUUGGUCGAAAAUGCUAUUGCCAACUAUGAUACCAGCAAAUUAACGCCGCUUACGGCUGAUAGUCUAGCUGAAGGCAUCCAUUGCACGGUGAGACACGAAGACAAAAUAUACCGCGCUAUACUCAACGAUGUGUCCGAUACGGAUAACAUCAAGGCAGUACUACCUGAUUACGGCAAUACGAUCGCCACUUCUUUAGAUAAGCUGAUGAUCCUUCCUACGGAGCUGAGCGUUUACUACUACCAAUCAUUGGAAUGCUGCUUGAAUAACUACUCUCCGGAAGCCACUCUAUUGGUCACUCUCGAUGAUCUUAAACAACGCCUUACUGGAAAUAAGUUCAUCAUCUACAUCAAUAAUGUGGAGGAUAUUAGACUCGUAUCGACAUUAUACGAGUAUACGACCGGUAAGAAGGUGGCUAUAUUCUCACCGGAUGAUGGCGCAUACGACGAGGUUGUGCCGUUAUGUAUGCGAGCUGUAUUCAACUACAACUUCGGACUAGCGUUCAUAGCUCACGCUGAGAACCUCAACGAAAUAUAUCUACAGAAGGCGGCCGAUUCAGACAAGAUAGCGCAGCUACUCGACGAUCUUUACAAGUACUACGAGGAAGGUACACCCGAAGCCCUGACAACCUUCGAAGUGGACGGUCUGUGUGCGGCGAAGUCGUCUGACGGCAAUUGGUAUCGCGCCACCGUCAUCAACGCAAAACAGGAACUAAUCAAAGUACAGUUCGUCGAUUAUGGAAACGCAGAAGAAGUUGCUAAGGAGAAUAUCAAAAUUCUCGAUCCUAAGUUCUUUGAGCCGUGCUCGCUCGGUCUAGUCGCCAGUUUAGGCCUAGUGGCAUUACAAGAUGCCGCUCUCGUCAAACUAACAGAAUGGACGAAUGAAAAGGAAGUCCAAGUUACUCUAGCUUUCGGAAGUGAUGGUUGGCUGGCCAGCCUACACCUGGACGGGGUAGAUUUGGCUAUGAAGUUAGUCAACGAGAAACUGGCUACACCACAAAUGAUCACAGAAGAGGAACAGAAACCGGAAGUCGCACCCGAGGAGCCAAUUUCUCUGCCGGAAGGAUGCACGCAAGUGUACAUCAGCCACAUAGACACUCCCGGUCAUUUCUGGCUGCAGAUGGCGGACAAAGUCGAUAAAAUCGAGGAGAUCCAAGCGGAGCUUCAAACGAACGCCGAUUCUUAUUCAGAUAUCGAGAACCGCGAAAUGGGGACUCUGUGUAUAGCAAAAUAUCUGGCCGAUGAUCAGUGGUAUCGCGCGGAGAUUUUGGAUUCGGACUCUGACAUCACUACGGUCCGUUUUAUCGAUUACGGCAACACAGACGUGUUGGACAACCAGCCGAACCUGAUCAAGACCGUGCCCGAUCACCUGAAGGACGUGGAGCGGUACGCCGUCAAGUCUAGCGUGAACGCUGUCCCGUCCGGCACCGGACAGUGGUCGGAGCCCGCGUCCGAUUACUUCACGCAGCUCGUGGGAGACAUGUCCGCGCCGGUCGAUGCGUUGAUAGUGCUCAAAGAUAUCACCACUUAUGUUGAUAUAUUCGUCAACGGACAAAACCUCACUGAGAAAUUAGUGUCUGAAGGUCACGCGACGAGAUCGGACGAGACCGAAUGCGGCGGUGAUCUGCCAUCCUGUUUCGCAAGUCAUGUCAACUCUCCCUCAGAAUUCUGGAUACAGCUGGAGACUGCGGCCCCGGAGCUGCAAGCUAUGGAAGCCGCUAUGAUCGACGCUGAAAAUUUCCCCAAGCUAACCGACAAAGAAGAAGGCGUGAUCUGCGCUGCUAAGUAUCCCGAAGAUGGCGCCUGGUAUCGAGCUCAGGUUAUCGUGGACGGUUCCGAAGGAACCGAAGUUCUCUUCAUGGAUUAUGGAAACGCGUCCAUCGCGAACGAAUUGCGAAGUCUUCCAGAUGAGCUGAAAGCUAAGCCCGCGCUUUCGAGGAAAUGCGCCUUGCAAAAACCUCGCGACGUAAAAUCUUGGUCCCGAAAAUCAGAAGUGAAAUUUAACGAACUCGCAGCCGAAGGUGCCACAAUAUUCAAUGUGCAGUUUAUAGCUUCCGGGGAUAUAUCUAUCGUCGAAUUGUAUUUGGAAGGAAAAUCUGUUACCGAAGACUUGAUCGGUCUCUGUGAAGAACAGCCGAUAAGCGAGCGGCCAACUCCGGUCGGUCAAGAUCUAUAUAGCACCGGAAAAAUAUGUUUUGUCAACUCGGUUGACGAGUUCUAUGUGCAGCUUGAUAGCUCGUCGUCCGAUUUAGAUAAAGUGACGGAAGCUUUAAUGGGUGGUGCUGAUUUUGAAUCUGUAACCGAAAUGAAAGUUGGAUCGGUUUGUGCCGCUUUUUGGGCUGAAGACGAACAGUGGUAUAGAUCAAAAAUAUUGGAAUUCUGCGACGGCGGCUAUCACGUCCAAUUUAUUGACUACGGCAAUAAAUCUAAAUGUGAAGAGUUCCGACAGCUCCCGGAGGAAAUCGCCGGAAUCGAACCUUUGGCUAAAUGCUGUCGGUUAGCUGGUUUCACUGGCGACAGUUCGGCGAGGGAAGCUGCAAAAGAUAAACUAGACGAGAUUGCAGCAGACGAUACUUGUACAUUCCAAAUAGAAUUCUUAGAUAGUACUAGUGAACCGGCACUUGUUAAACUAUUAAUAGAAGGCCAAGACAUUAUGUCAAUACUUAAUUCAGAUAAAGCUGCUCCAGUACCAGAAGAAGUUAUUGUAUCAUCCAAAACAGAUGAUAACAUUGAAAAUGAAGAAAAAGAUGUCAGUGAUACUAAGCUUGAGGAGGCUGACAAAAAUGAUCUCAGUGACGCUCAAGUGAAUGAAACUGAAAAAAUUGAUGAUACUGAAGCAAAUGAGCAAUGUGACGCAAAAGUUGAUAAAGCUGAGAAUAUAGAAAAAAAACUAGUUGAUGAAAAUGAAAAAAUAAAAUCUGUCAGUACGGAUCCUGAACAAUGCCAAGAAACUGAAAAACAAAUAGUGUCUGAGACAAUUAAGGAAUCCAAUGAUUCAAAGUGUUUAGACGAAACAAAGGUAAAAAGUAAAGAAGAAGAAAUAAAAGAUACUAUUGAAUCUGAUGUAAAUAAAGAAAUAGCAACUGUAGAUGAAGAAGCAGAAAGUCUAUUGAACACAUCGCAACCCGAUCUGGACGUUAGUUUGGAGAGCAAUCACACUGUUAUCGAAAACGAAUUAUUUGAAAAAAAAACUGAUAACUUAAACGUCGACAUUGUGCUAAACUUAGACGAUAGUGUCAAAGAUCUAUCAUCUUACACAGAGAAAUCUAGUGAUACUAAUAAACUUCCAGAGAGGGAGGAAUCGAAGGAUUCUAUAAAUACUGAUACGGGAUACACCAGUUGUGGAGAACAAGAUAAAUCGCUGGAGAAAGAAUCGCCAACUAAGAAUGUAGUAACUGAAUCGUCUACAGAAACUCCAGCCAAAGAGACUCAUAUAACAGAAUCUCCACAAAAAAGUCCAGUGAAAGAAGAAACUAUAACAAAUGUAUAUAAACCAGUGACGGAACAGUGAACGGCUGUCAACUUGACUCUGUAUAUUAUAUUACUAAAUCUCUAGACUAGCUAUUACAAAGCAGCUUUUUGUGAUGAUUAUCUUUAAUGCUUAUUUAAUAUAGGUAGUUAUUUUUGUCUUCAAAUUUAUUUAAAUGUAACUAGCGUGUUCAUGAUAAUGACAGCAUUAAACUAUUGAAAGGUUAUGAAUGUUUCUUUAUUCGCAUUUUACGGUGUUUUAAUUUUAUGAAUGUUGUGUUUUUGAGCGACUAUUUUGUUGUCAAUAGAACCUGUUGAGAUAUUGAAAUUUUGUUAAAUAUUUACAGAUCGCACUUUGCUAGUACGGUGAAAAGAUAUAUUUUUUUUAAUGUUACAAUGGUAUCUUACACUGAAUAUGUAACCAUCGAUUGGUGAAAUUAUAUUACAUUAAAAGUUUGGUAAUAGGUAAUCAAAGUUUGUAAGACGAUUCGUCCAUCGUCCAUGUUUAAUACUCAUUGUAUAAUUUUAUUGUCCUAAGUUAACUGUUAUACUGCACACUAUUACGUAAGUAUAAAGUUAAUAUUUACCAGUUGUGUACUUCUAAGAAGUGUUGUUAUUUGGUUUUUAAAUUUUGUUAAUAUCCUUUGAUUUCUUUUCUCAAAAAUUACAAGUGACCUAAAUAUUUUUUGUUUGUUUUAAAAAUAAAGCCCU